ACUUCCUUUGUUGUUGAUGAAGUCAGUAGCAUCAUUAAAGAGGCCAUAGAGACUGCAAUAGGUGGCAAUGCCUACCAGCACAGCAAAGUGAACCAGUGGACAACGAGCGUGGUGGAACAAACGCUAAGCCAACUCACAAAGCUGGGGAAGCCUUUCAAGUAUAUUGUGACCUGUGUGAUUAUGCAAAAGAAUGGUGCUGGGCUACAUACAGCAAGCUCUUGCUUCUGGGACAACUCCAGUGAUGGAACCUGCACUGUGAGAUGGGAGAAUAAGACUAUGUACUGUAUUGUCAGUGCCUUUGGACUUGCAAUAUAAUUGCCUUGAAAGCAUUCAACCUUCUCUUUUCUACUCCAGCACUUGAUUCCGUCUCUACUCAAGCUGUGAAUACACUGAAGAACUUCUGUUUUGUACUUUUUAAGUAACUUUUUUUCUAAUGUAGAAAUGUGAAAACAUGCUGUUACAUGGUUUAUGUUUGUAUUUAGUAUCGUACCAGUGUUGCCAUACUGUCAUCUUCAAGAACUUCUCUUCAAGGUGCUAAUACUGAAAUCUGCUGCAGUGUAAACACUUUCUGUAGAUUUCUUUUUUUAAGACCAAUAUAAAUGAGACACCGACUUUCACACUUUGUACUCUUGGUUAGCAUUAAAUUAUUGAAAUUCAUAA